CCAUGAUGCAUCACCAAACACUUUUUCUGGCUUUAAUUUCCCCAUCCACCAACCAACAACAAAUCAACCCCCAUCCCAUGUAAUGCCAUCACCUCUCUCUUUCUGCCAUCUCCUUUCCUCAAACCAAUAAAGCCAAUCACCCCUCACACCCUCACACCCUCACUCACACUCUCUACUCUCUUCCCAAUCCCAAAAACAAUGGCUUCCAACCUUAGCCUACACCUCUCAUUCCUAGUAUCAACACUUUUCAUAGUCACAACACUUUCCUCACACAAACACACCACUCUUCUCAAUGUCACCUCCUCCCUCCACCAAGCCCACCAAAUCCUCACCUCCACCCCAAACCUUCUAGAACAAUCCACUCCCACAACCACACCCACACCCCACCUUCUACAAUCUUCCACUUCCUUCUCCCUCCACCUCCACCCCAGAGAAACCCUCCUCAACUCCAACUCCCCCAACUACAAAACCCUAGUCCUCGCCCGACUCGCCCGCGACUCAGCCCGAGUCACCUCGCUCCACUUAAAGCUCCAACUCGCCCUCACCAGCCUCGCCAGAUCCGACCUCCACCCGACCCGACCCGAAGACCUCUCCGCCCCAGUCUCCUCCGGCAUCGGCCAGGGCAGCGGCGAGUACUUCUCACGCGUCGCCGUCGGCAACCCCCCGAAGCCCUUCUUCAUGGUCAUCGACACCGGCUCCGACGUCAACUGGCUCCAGUGCAAGCCCUGCUCCGACUGCUACCAACAAACCGACCCGAUUUACGACCCGACAGCAUCCUCCUCGUACGCGCCACUAACCUGCGACGCGCAACAGUGCCAAAACCUCGAAACGUCGGCGUGUAGAAACCAACGCUGCCUCUACCAAGUCUCCUACGGAGACGGAUCCUUCACCGUAGGUGAAUACGUAACCGAAACCGUUUCCCUCGGAUCCGGGUCGGUUAACAGAGUCGCAAUCGGGUGCGGACAUGAUAAUGAGGGCCUCUUCGUCGGGGCCGCUGGGCUUCUUGGGCUCGGUGGUGGGCCUUUGUCAUUAACCAACCAAAUCAAAGCGACGUCGUUUUCCUAUUGUUUAGUAGACCGCGACUCAGGGAAAUCGUCCACACUCGAGUUCAACUCGCCUCGACCCAGUGACUCGGUCACUGCACAGUUAAUCAAAAACCAGAAAUUAAACACAUUCUAUUACAUCAAACUCACCGGAUUCAGCGUCGGCGGGGAAGCCAUCUCCGUCCCGCCGGAGACUUUCGACGUUGACCAGUCCGGUGCCGGCGGCGUCAUCGUUGAUUCCGGCACCGCCAUCACGCGGCUGAGGACCCAGGCCUACGAGGCCGUUCGCGACGCGUUUCGAAGGAUGACGCAGAACUUGCGCUCCGCCGAGGGAGUGGCGCUGUUUGACACGUGCUACGACAUGUCGUCGCUUCAGACCGUGCGUGUGCCGACGGUGGCGUUUCACUUUGGCGGUGGCCAGACGUGGAAUUUGCCGGCGAAGAAUUACUUGAUUCCGGUGGACGGCGCCGGGACUUAUUGCUUCGCGUUUGCGCCGACGUCGUCGCCGCUGUCGAUUAUUGGCAAUGUGCAGCAGCAGGGGACACGUGUCAGCUUCGAUCUAGCGAAUUCUGUAGUGGGAUUCUCACCCAAUAAGUGCUAGAUCUUUUUAUUAAUUUACAUUAAUAUUUAACCUUAUUGUUAUUAGUAUUAGAUUUAUAUGCUCCUUUUGUUUUUAUAGCUUUCAAAUCUUUACAAAUUUUCCUCUCAAUUUCUUUUUUCCCCAAGUUUCUCUCUAGUUUUCAAAAAUAUGUGAAUUGUUUCCAAAUGAAAAUUUUAGGUGGUUUAAAGAAAAAAAAAUUGUUAUAAUGUAUCGGUUCAAAGGAAAAGUUGUACACAAUUAUCUUAAUUAUAAA